AGAGAAUCUGCCCUGAGCUGCUCCCUCCCAUCCUUUCUGACGUUUCUGACUUCCCUGCUCAUCCAGGAGGCUCUUCACAUCAUCACCAUGGCUCCCAAGAAAGUUGAGUGCAAGAAGCCAGAACCCAAGAAGCCUGAACCAAAGAAGGAAGCCGCUCCGGCCCCAGCAGCCCCCAAACCAGCUCCGCUGCCCGAACCUGAAGCACCCAAAGAACCCGCAUUUGAUCCCAAGGCCAUCACGCUGGAGUACACCGCCAACCAGAUCGAAGAGUUCAAAGAGGCGUUUCAACUGUUCGACCGCACACUGAAAGGAGAAAUGAAGAUUACGUAUGCCCAGUGUGGGGAUGUGAUGCGAGCUUUGGGCCAAAACCCAACCAACGCCGAUGUGCUGAAAGUCCUGGGGAAACCUAGACUGGAGGAAAUGAACUCCAAGCUGGUGGACUUUGAAACCUUCCUGCCAAUGCUGCAGCAUAUCUCCCGCUUGAAGGAUCAGGGCAACUUUGAGGAUUUCGUGGAAGGACUGAGAGUUUUUGACAAGGAGGGCAACGGCACCAUCAUGGGGGCCGAGCUACGGCACGUUCUUGCCACGCUGGGCGAGCGGAUGACAGAGGAUGAGGUGGAUCGACUGAUGGCUGGACAAGAGGACACCAACGGUUGCAUCAAUUACUCUUCAUUUGUCAAACAUAUUCUUUCUGGUUGAAUUGGAUUUAUAGGAGUUAACUGAUUGGAUGGUGAGGGAAAAUAAUUGUGUGGGUAACUAAGUAAACCAUUUAUACUUAAUUCCCUGAAAUAUGUUGUUUUACAGUAAUGUUUCAUUUUAAAUUUGAAUGGUGUAAAACCUCACACUGACAUUUUAACUUCCUCUUCAAGACCUUUUUCUAUACAUUAUGACUUCUGUGCACCUCUGUGUUUAAUAAAAUCCAACCAA